UUAGUAGUCUACGCGCGGCUGAACUUAUUGCACGCGCCAACAACCUAGUAGAUACUAUUUUAGUAUUUUAGAGGUUGUUUAUUAAGGGACAAUUUAUCGACUAAGUUGUCCGCUUUUCUAAAUCGAAGUUCGAAUUAAUCGAAGUCGAGACGCGACAUAUUUUGAAUUCCGCGCGCUUUUUCGGCGGUAUUUAGUUGUGUUGCUAGAGUUGGUGAUUUUAUUGUGACUGGCAAUCCUUGGAAUAAGCAAACAUGUUCCACGGAGGCAUUUUGAGCAAAUUGAAGAACUUCUACAAGUGGUACGUGUUGGGUUUGGUGUCUGUUGGCUACAUUCUUGGAGAGCUCGGACAUUAUCUCAUAGGCACCACAUCGAAGGUGACAGCGGAAGACCUUCACUAUGGCGACAAGGCGUGUAUGCUCAACGCGACGUAUCUACAUCUCAACGACCUACCCGUCAUCUGUGAGAAAGUCAACUCCAGCGAAAUAUGCGAAUCGCUCACGCUCAAUGGCACCAGAUACUGCGAAUGGGGCUACAACGGGCUGGGGAUCGACUACCAGGUGCUCGCUGGACCUGCCUUCAUGGCUGUGUUCACAGUCGUUGGAGUUAUUUUGGGCGUAGCUGCGGAUAAAUACAACAGAGCACGUAUUCUCAGCAUAUGCACAGCGAUAUUCGUGAUAGCGAUCCUUUUGAUGGGCACUGUGACCGAGUACUGGCAUCUGGUGCUUCUUCGGAUGCUGAUGGCAGCAGGCGAGUCGGGUUGCAACCCGCUGGCGACCGGCAUUCUGACAGAUCUCUUCCCGGAGCACCAGAGAGCGUUGGUGCUGUCGAUAUUCAACUGGGGGAUAUAUGGGGGAUACGGUAUCGCUUUCCCCGUGGGACGAUAUGUCCCAGAUUUGAACGUUUGGGGACUGAGCUGGCGCCUUUGCUACUACGCAGCCGGCAUUGUAGGAAUCGUCAUCGCCAUUCUGACUUUCCUGACUCUUCGCGAACCACCCAGAACUACCAUCGGCGAAGAAGGUGCUGGCAACACCAAAGGUGGAGAUUCAACGUUGGAGUCUGGCAAGAAGAUGCCGCAAGUGACCAUCUGGCACGUGAUCGCUCAGCCUAGAAUUAUUCUGUUAUGCAUUGCCGCCUCAAUUAGACAUUGUGGUGGUAUGUGUUUCGCGUACAACGCUGACUUGUAUUACCGCGACUACUUCCCCGACGUGGACCUCGGCUGGUGGCUGUUCGCUGUCACUGUCGGCAUCGGUUCCGUAGGCGUGGUCGUUGGAGGAGUCAUCUCAGACAAAAUCGUAGCUAAAAUGGGUGUACGAUCGAGAGUACUGGUGCUCGCGAUAUCGCAGCUGAUCUCCACUCUACCAGCCUUUGGCUCAGUCGUCUUUGGUCCACUGUGGGCUAUGAUCACCCUGGCGUUUUCAUACUUCUUCGCGGAGAUGUGGUUCGGAAUAGUAUUCGCUAUCCUGGUAGAAAUAGUGCCACUAUCUGUCCGCUCCACCACUGUGGGUGUGUUCCUCUUCGUGAUGAACAACGUCGGUGGAAACCUGCCUAUCCUGGUGGACCCCGUCUCCAAAGCUAUCGGAUACAGAGAAUCCAUUAUGAUCUUUUACGCUGGCUUCUAUGGAAUCAGUAGCAUCCUGUUCUUCCUCACAAUGUUCCUCAUGGACGGUCAGAUUGAGAAGCAACCCGAAACGACCGACAAGCCGAGCGGGCUGGACAACUGCGCGUUCACGCAAGACGAGGUCACCGUCCGGACGGGACGAGCCAAUGACAGUAACAGCAGACUAUAGACUAGUAGCCUGGAUAUAUGAACUAUGGACCAAAGUGAAUGAAUGAUUGAGUGAAUGAUUACUUCUAGCUUUCGUAGCACCUACUGGAAAUGGAAAUUGUAGAUUUUUCAUACUUCUGUAGGAUAGACUGCUAUAGGUGUCUUUACACACACCCAGGACGGGCUUAAUACACGAGUAAAUACAUAGCAGAUGCCUGUGACGUCAUUAAUGUAAUCUUUAGAAAAAGAAGGAAGGAGAGGUGUUAAUAUUGACAAAGGAUUGAUUUGAUUGUUAUCGAGACUUUGGCGUAUUUAUCUUAUAACGCCAAAGUUGAAACUGUCAUCUGCUGUAAUAAUUGUAUGCGUACUUGUCGUAUUUUACUAUUCUUACGUAUUUUCUAAGAAUCUGUUAUUUUAGUUUUACUGCACAAAUGAGAGCCACAGUAAAUAGUUUUAUUGAUUUUUGGAGUUUACUCCCUAUGAAUCGAUUUUUAAUAUAUAGCCCCCGGUAUGAAAAAAAUAUGGGCAGUAAAAUUCGAUAAACGAAUAACAGCGUUAGCAUUUUGUGCGCACCUUUCACCGCGACCUGCUGCUCCUCGGUUGCGCACCUUUCACUUAUCAGGCGUAGGUAUUGAGACGUACAUAGUGUAUGCUACGGGGCAACAUACACCUAUUUAGACACUCGAUCUGAAAGAGUAAACUCCAUUCGUACGUUGAAGCUGACACAUAUUUUUUUUAAUUACAAAACAAAAGGAUAUUUACAUAUUUUCCUAAGCGAAAAAUUCUGUAAAGUAAGAUUUCUGGAUGCGAUAACUCUGCAUUGACCAGUGAAAGAUGAAGCGUUGGACCAUUGGGUUUACGAGCCCUGAUACUCACACAUUGGAACAAUUACUAUUAACUUCUAUUAAUAUAGAUGUAUGCGGAAUGCCAUGCGCCAUUUUGUUAUUCGUUAAUUUUAAAUUUCGAAUAAGUUGAAUCUCAUGCACUGUUAGUAGUUGUUUUAUUUUUGACUAAAAUAUUUAAUUUUAUAUGUUUUAGGACUAAUCUAAAAUUAAUUUUGGACUACGUUACAGUUUGCACGCUUCUAAUAUAAAUUACAAUCGUCAUUAAUACUCGUAUCUACGUAAUUAAAUAAUACAACAUUCAAAUCAAGCAAUGAGCUUAAUUUACUUUUUUUUUUGCCUUUUUGAGCCUAUACAUAAUAAGAUUUGACAUUUCGACAGGUAACAUUGGAAUUAUUUUCAAACAUUGCACAAAAACAAAGGAAGGCGAUUUUUUUUUUCAAAAAAAAUUACUUAACGGGUUUUAUUUAUUUUGUAAAGCCCAGAAUAUUUUUAUUAUGAAUCUUAUUAUUACUGUUCCGAUCUCAUUAUGACAAACAUGCUCAAAAAUAACUUUACUACUUUUCAAAAACGCUACAUGACAUCUUAUUUCAGUACUUUCAGUUUCCCAACAAGUAAUUCCUCAAAUUCAACUAAGUAGCCUAAACACUACAGUUUCUAGAUAGUUCCUGAUUUGUUCUAGUUCUUUAUUAAUUAAGUCCACAAUACAGGAGCUCUACUGUUUUAUUUAUAUAUUUAUUUUAUUUAUUACAUUAUGUAACAGUUCAAGAUUUAAUUUAAAUUUUUACUUGUUAAUGUUUAAUUUCGGCACAUCUAUCCCCAAUAAUUCCAACGUUAAAACUAAGUUGAACCCACUAUAUAUUUAUUUUCCCAACUAACAGCUAUUUUUUCUUGCCACUAAGUAAACCUAUCGAAUCUCGAAUAUAUUUUUAAAGCUAUUACGGCUCCUUGAUAAGUUAUUUAAUAAGGUUGUUUUAAUUUAAUUUAGUUGAGUUUUAUAUUUAUUUUAAGUAACUUUAGACAUAAGUUUGAAAUUUCAAUUCGCCACAAAUUACAUUAGUUCAAAAAUUUCAAAUUUUUUCAAGCAUCUAAUAAAUUAUUUUUUACGCAAUACUAAAUUACUUACUAUUAGAUUUAAUUUGUCAAAACUUAAAUGCUUCAUAUUCAGAUUCUGUUCCGAAAUAUUGAAUAUUUAUAAAAUUAUGUGAGAAGUUUAUAACAUUCUCAAAAUACAAUAAACUUCUUGUACCAACUUUAAUGAUACAAGAAGUUUAUUUAUACAAAACUUUAAAAAUUUUGUUCUCAGAAACGUAAAAUCGUUUGAUGAUUGUACGUUAAAUCAUGAUAAUACACUCGUAUUAACGAAAAGCAGUUAAUUGUGAUAUUGAUAUAUUUUGUAAAUAUUUAUAAUGUAAAUAAAGUUCUCUUUAUGUUACAA